AUGGACCAAGCCAAAGUUUUAAAGUAUCUCAUUUCAAUUGAAAAAUUAGCAGAAGAAAUCCUCAACGAUAAACAUGAAAUAAUGCUUUUGGAUAAAAGGAGAAAUCAGAAUCGUGAAGCCCUCAGAGACAUUAGUAAAGCUUGUCAAACAAAGUGCUGGGUCACAGUGGGUUCAGUUCUUAUAAAACACAAAUUGAGUGAUACCAAAACACUUCUAGAAGCUGAUCAAAAACAACUUAACAUUGAUAUUAACAAACUGCGAAGCAAUCUGAAAGUUAAAGUCAAUGAUUUAAGAGACUUAGAAAUGCAACCACCCAUACCAGGUUCAAUGCUAGUUCCUCUGUCUGAUAAGGAAACUGCAGGCCUGUCAAGAAAUGGUUUAUUUUCAUCCUAG